AUGUAUCGUAAGGAGAAAAGUAUCCAGAUGAAGAGCAGCGCGUCAGCUCUGUACAACAACCUAAGCGUGCUGCCCAUCAGCGACAAGAGCCUCACCUACUUCACUGUCGUUCAUAGCAACACUGUAAAUAUGGUGAGCGCCUCUGCGGAUGGCUUAAACUUCUCCCACCGCCAGCUGCAGUCUAAGGAGGGGAGCAUGGCCGUCAGCUCGUCCCUCAUCACCCAGGCCUCCUGGUGUGUUCUGCCAUCUAGAGUCUUGCUUGUUCUUACUUCCCAAAAAGGUAUUCAGAUGUAUGAAUCUGAUGGCUCUAUCAUGGUGUACUGGCACGCGCUUGAUGCCCUAGAAACCCCACCAGCUCAGGCAGUGUUUGCCCGGGGUAUUGCUGCUGCCAGCGGACAGUACAUUUGUGUAGGGACCUCUUCAGGACUUGUCCUUGUGUUUGACAUUCCAGCCAAAGGCACCAACAUUACUCUUGCUGAGGUUCUGGCAGAACACAGAGACCCCAUUACUGACAUUGCAAGCGAGAGCUGCGAGGGCAAGGACGGCACACCUGACCUGGUCACGGCUGAUGACUCUGGCGUUCUUUGUGUCUGGAAAUCAGGGGAGGACUUUAAACUGCUGAACAAGAUCUCUGCUUAUGGUCGUGGUUUAUUUGUUUCUGACCCCUAUGUGCAUUUGCAGCUUCUCUCAGGGGCUGAAGAUUCGUUUGUACAGAUUUGGCAGCUGAAUCGCUCUGCAGAAACGGGGUUUAUUGAGGUUGAACACCGGCACGCAGAAUGUGUGACAGACACACAGAUAUGUGGAGCUCGUUUCUGUGACCCACAAGGGACAUCUUUUGCUGUCACUGGUUAUGACCUGAGUGAGAUCAUUAGAUAUGUUCAGAUUUGACUUCAUUGGGGUCUGCACUGUCACCGCUCCUCUGUCAUGUAUGGCAUAAGUCUUUCAUAGUAACACAAAGCAUAGACCGAAAUGGGCAAGAAUAUAGCAGUGAAUAGUGAUGCUUUAUAUUAGACAUACAAGUCAAUAGCAAUGAGCAUCUGCAGAUCAUUUUCACCUGCAGUAGCUCUGUGCAAAAGAGAGUCUACCUUGCUGCUCGACCUGAAAUUCCAACUCUGAGGACUUUAUAAGACUUGUGCAUUUUGCGGAUGGAUGAGCAGUCUAUGGUUUGACAACCCUAUGUAUCAACAUGGCAGGGGGCGGUCCCACGUUCCUUCUUGUCAGCCACUGUGUAGAGUACACAUUGUUCUAUAUUAGUGUAAAAACAGAGCAUUGACUGGCGUGUCUGUUUUUUACAAGCUGUAGGACCAACUGUGGUUUCAUAUGCUGUGGUGUUAGGGAUUAAGAUGUUGUUAACCAUAACUGUGAUGACACAUUCAGCAGAUGACCUUUUUCAGCACAAUAAUAUGACUCAAGUAGAAUAUGACACCAAAAUGAAUUCAGCUGCAACUUUAUUACUAUUUCAGGUUGGCCGAUAACAAAAGAGGACAGAUUACUCCUGGCAGGAGUCACUAUGUAAGAAUGUAACUCGUAUGUUUUGUUUAAUAUCGUUUUGUGCUGCCUCUGUUUUGUAAUAAAUAUAACUUUAUUAAAUGGAUGAUAGAAAUGUUUGUAACACACUAAAA